UUGUGUGUGUCUGUCUGUGUGUGUGUGUCUGGUAUCUGUUUCUUGUGUUCUUGUGCAACAGGUGUGGAAAUGACUUGUUAAGGCCUGUAGACACAGAAAGAAAUGCACUGAGUAGCUGUGUUCUCACAAGCCUGCACGAUGAUCCGUUACACCUAAUGCCUAUUUCGUAGGCUCAAAGACACACACUCUCACAACUACAGGCUCAGAGACACACCCGCUCUCUGUUGAAGAUGCUCUCUUUCACACACGUACACAUAGAAGAUGUAUAGAUGUGUACAGUUUAUGGUUGGCCUGGCUGGGUUAUGUGACGUCUCUGCAUCAGUAGAGACUUUUGUGGAUGGGAAGAGUGCAGUGAGAUGUGCUUUCUCCCAUUCAAAGUACAGAAACGUAAUCUUGUGUCAGCACUGCUUGAGCUCGCUCACUCCCUCAGGCUCCGUUCACACUCGGUAUUAACAUCAGUCUCGGGCGAUCGGAUCACAAAUGGACAGCACUUAAUGCAGGUGUGAACGGCUGCAAAUACGUCUUGUGAUGUGAUCACAGGGAGCACCUUAAGAGGAUGACUGGGGUGCAUGUGUAGUGUGAACAGCAAUGCAUCCUGAUGUGGUCGCAAUAACAUCAGAAGACUGCCUAGUCACCAGUGUUGCCAGAUCAAUGUGUGUUCAGUGAGGAGAUCUGAAGCCGGAAUGCCCCAGUGCUGCAGGCCUUUAUUAAAGUGAGUGCAAGACUCACUAAUAGACAGACACAACUUAUUUCUGUAACCCCAUCCCCUUGAAUUUCUCUACAUCAUCAGCCAAUCAAAUGCACCCUGAAAAUAAACUGACCAAACAUGGGAAGCAAGUGACCAGUGGUGCCCAGUCACAGAUCCCCAAUGUGAAUCAGCAGGAACAGCAAGGACCUGCAAGCAACCUAGGGUCAAAGGGCACUGGGCCAGGGAACCAUGGAGUGAAAACCAAUCAGAUAUCUCCUGGGCUGAAAAGUGUGGGUGGGAUGAUGAAGACCAAAUCCAAAAGGGAGAGAAGUAUCUCUGUGGAUGCUGGGGAACAAAAAGACACACUUGCACCGGUGCUGGAGUCAGAUGUGAAAGUAGAGGGAGCAAUACGCAGAAAGCGCAGAUGUGUGCUGGAGAAGAAGCAGCCUUAUAGUGGAGAUGAGUGGUGCUCAGGUGCCGAGACUGAGGAAGAGGAGGAGAAACCCUCCAGCACUGCACACAGGGAGCAUGUGAUGUCAUGCCCUGGCCAGUCUCUCUCAGGCACAGUUGAGUCAGUAAGUGGGCCUGGUUUAGGAUGUGGCCUUGGUCCAGUUCUACGUACUGACCAGCCACCUCACACCUCCCAGCAAGUAGUGUAUGUCUUCACCACUAGCCUAGCCAACAGUGCUGCAGAGGCAGUGAUGCAUGGCCAUACAGAUUCCAUCCUCCUGUUUCACCAGCAAAAUGUUCCUCGUACCAAAUUGGACCAGCAGUGCACUGGUGUUGGAAAGCUCCCCAGCCUAUCAGAGCAGCUCAGCUCUAGUAGCACCCCUCCCAUGGGAACCCCCAAAUCUCAAAGCGGUACACCUCGUCCAGCUUCUGUUGGUGGAGUUAUUGGGGAUCACCUUACAGGCGGCAAUACUCCUUCUUCCACAGGUCAGCCAGACAGCGAGGUAACCCAUGUCCAUCCGGGGGCCACACCCAGUCACAAUAACUGUGCAACGUCUCAUCCAUUAGGACCUGGAGGCUCAGGGCCACAGCGAGUGGGGUCCCAAGGUUGUGGAGUAGAUGGGUCAGGCAUUAUAAAUCAUCCUGGUACGGGUGUCUCUCCCAGUGCCAAUCCAUCAGUGCUGUCUGUGCACCUUCAGGGUGAGUCCAGCCAGCAGGGAGGACAAGGGAGUAUUGAAGGACUGUCUAAAGAGCAGCUAGAGCAUCGUGAGCGUUCUUUGCAGACGCUUAGGGACAUUGAGAAGCUGCUUCUGCGCAGUGGAGCUGGUGCUGGCCAUGGAGACCCAGGAGGCCCAAAUAGCAAUCCCAACAAUGGGUCAAUUAGCAACAAUAAUACUGAUGGGUACCAAGGGCUUGAGGAUGAGGAAAAUAAUAGUGGGAGGGCUGGCAACAGCUGCCUUUCUGAUGGUGUUCCCCCUAUCCGUGGAAUGAAAAAGCAUGAGGAGCCUCUACAAUCCAUAAUUUCACAAACACAGAAUCUAAGUGGACCUUGUUUGGAUGACACAUUGAUGGUAAGGCACCACACCUUGCCCCCUCAUCACCACCUGUCGUCGCCUUCAGGACUAGACAUGGGGCCGGUGCUAGGUCCUGAAGGACUAACACCAGAACAGAUAGCUUGGAGGAAGCUGCAGGAGGAAUACUAUCAGGAGAAGAGGCGGCGACAGGAGAUGAAUCCUCACACACACCCCCAGCAUUUCCGCAUGAUGUCUGAAAUGGGAAUGCCAGGGGGGCCACACCUCAUGAUGAGAGGUCCCCCACCUCCAUAUCACAGCAAACCUGGAGACCAGCAGUGGGGACCAGGGCCUAUAAUAGGAGGAGGGAUGGGAGGAAAUUUAAGGAUGAUGGACAUGCAUCAGGAGGGGCCCCGGGGGCCUAGGUUUCUUGGACAGAUGCAGCGAGGACCCCCAGGUGGUGGUGGAUACCCAGGAAGCCCAGGUAGCGUUUUACCUAUGGAAGGGAUAGGGUCUCAAAGAUCUCCCAGGCCAGGAAUGGGUUGGUUGGAUGACAUGGCACCGAAUAUGGCUGGAGUAGGUCCGUUUCAUGGGUGCUAUGCUUCAGGAGGGCCUGGUGGACCCUCUCAGCAAAUGCAGAGUGGUAUGGAUCGCCCCUUAACACGGGAGGAGAUGUUUCACAUUAUGGAGAAACGUCAGCUACAAGGUCUCCGCAGGUUAGAUCUGGAGCAGUUAUCUAGGCAGCAGCAGCAGAGUGGACUUGGAGGCCCCAGGAUGAUGGAUAACCCCGGUGGACCAGGCUUUCCUAAUCCUGGCAUGGGAGGAGGUCCACCUUCACGUGGUGAUCCAAUGGAAUUUUCCAGUUCUCGCACUAUGAUUGGCUCUCCCAUUGGUGGUGGAGGUGGCCCUUUAAUGAGAGAUGUGGUUGACUCUCCUUUAGGUGGAAACCUAAAUAUAAACAUGAACAUGAACUUGAACCUGCAUCAGCAGCAACAUAUAUUGGCCCAGAAAUUAAGAGAAGGGCCUGGAUCAGAGAUGGCAAGCCCUGAGGACAACAGCCGUAUUAGGGCUGCACCAAAUGGCCGGGUUGGUGCUAACAAAGUAAUGGUCCAUGGACCAGAUGUAACACUUCAGUUCCCCAAUCAGGGUCCCUUUCCAGGUGGACAAGGGGAUGGGCCCUACCUCCAGCAAUCAGGUCCUGAGAUGUUCCGAUCUGAUCAGCAGGGUACUCCCCAAAUUGGUGGAAACUCAAGGCUUAGCCAUAUGCCUAUGAACACUGGCCAUAAAACUGACCAUGGUCAAUGUCAUCCAUCUGACCUUCCCAUUAAUGUCAAUUCAAUUGGUUCCCCAGCCAUGCCCCCACCUCACCAGAUGAAGUCGCCUCCCCUUAGCCAGGAACCUUCUCCCCUUAUGCCCUCUCCCUCUGCUACAGGCCUGAAAUCCCCCAAUCAGUUAGCAUCCACUGGUCCACCACACCCUCCUCUUUCUGCAACGUCUGGAGCAGGAACACCUUCUGCCACCCCCAUGAAGUCCCCACAAAUAAUGGGAUCAUCCCUUGGACUCCGGUCACCAUCUGGAUCCCCUGGACAUCACAAAUCUCCAGCCAUGCCUGUUGCAUCUCCAAGGUGGACUGCCUCACCCAAGACUUCCCUGGCCAGCCCUGGGGGGACGUCUAAUAAUAAGGGAGUAGGUAAUGGAGGGAGCAGUUCAACUGAGACAGGUAUAUCCCUUCCUCCCAGGAGUUCCACCUCAACACCCAGCAGUCAACCUCCCAAUAUGCCAUUCACCUCUUCCCCAGAUGCGCCUCCAUCCCAGAAUCCCCUGUCCCUUAUAAUGUCUCAGAUGUCCAAGUAUGCAAUGCCCACCUCCAUUCCACUCUAUCAUGAUGCCAUCAAGACAAUAGCCACUUCUGAUGAUGAGAUGCCUACAGAUCGAUUGCUCCUUCCUGGAGCCAACAUUCAAGGAAAUAUGGCUAAUCACCAGUCCACGCAGAUGCUCCUGUCCUCUCAAGGCUCAAUGGGACCUCACAGUAGCCCUCAAAGCCCCACUGGAAUGGUACUUUCAGGAAAUCAGCAGUUAUCUCUUGACCCCUCUGGGCCUUUGCUGCCUUCUCCUAACCCCAUUGCCAUGCCAGUAAUGAUGGGGGGUGGAGGGGGCCAUCCAGAUGGGAUUGGACCUUGUAACAUGUCCCCAAUGCAUCCUCCAAGUCAGAUGGGUGGAUUCUCACGCAUGCAGGCCCCCCUGCACUCCCCAGUUGGGGGUAUGGGGCAGCAGUACCCCCAUCCUUCUGAUGACAUUCUCCCUUCCCAGCAAAUGCACCAUCUUAGCAAGGGUAUGCCCAAUCAGCGCCCACCUCACCCACCUGACUCUUUCUCAUCCAUGCCCAUAGGAGAGGGCCCAGACUUGAGUGAGGUGAUUAGGCCCACACACACAGGCAUCCCAGAAUUUGACCUGUCUCGAAUCAUUCCUGCCGACAAGCCCAGCAGUACCCUGCAGUACUUCCCCAAGAGUGAGGCAAUGUCACAGCUGCAGCAGACCCCUCACCAAGGGCAUCUACCUCAUCAGGCUCCUUCAGCACAACUCCUAAAACAGCUUUCUUCAUCUGGCACCCUUCAGAGCAACACACCCUCCUCCAACCCUCACAUUGCCAAUCUACAGAACAUGAUGGCUGAGCAGCAGCUUCCCCUGCAGCCAUCACACUGUGGCUUACGCCCUGGCAUAGGCAUGACCCAGGGAGGAGCCAGAAGUAUGGGCCCAGGUGGUGUGUUGGGGCCUGGGCCGAUAUGCCAUCCAGGUCAUCUGAUGGGUAGGACAGGUAUGUCUCAGCAACAGCAGCAACAUCACCACCAGCAGCAGGCCAUGAUGGCUAACAGCCUCUUACAGCACCAGUCCCAUAUGUCACAGGGCACGAUGACCCCACAGCAACAUCCACACAAUCUUAUAGCUCAGCAGAACAUGAUGAUGCAAGCAAAGCAGAGGGGUAUGCCAAUUCCUGGGGAGCACUUUGGCCAGCAAGGGGCUGUCCUGUCCCCUCAGGGGCCCAUGAUGGGACCCCCACACCCACAGUCAGCCAUGAUAGGAUCCCAGGGAAUCAGACAGAGGGGCUUGUCUUUGGAUAGUCCACUUGGCUAUGGACCUGGAAGCAUGGCAAACAUGCCUUUCUGAACAUUUUUCAGUAAAUCUGUAAAAAUCUUUUCCCCUUAUGGGUUACUUCAAACCCUGACAUGCUUUUUUUCAAUGUUUAUUGAUUGUGGCAAUCAGAUGCUAAUAUUAUUCGUAAUAAUGUCUUAAUUAAAAAAGCCAAAUAGUGGAAAAUUGCAGUUAAGCAACAAAUUCUGAAGCCAUUUUUAAAUGUAUGUAAAAUAUGUACAUUUGACAGAUAAAUGUGUUCAUUUUUGUGAGCAAGAAAAAACUCACAAAUCAGUUUCUAAUUGUUUUCUCUGGCUACCAAACUGUUGUGCAAGAAAGUAUAUAAAUAUAUUAUAUAUAAUUAUUAAAUAUCUGUAUAAUUGCUGUAAAUAAGAUGCAAUUUGCUCGUUUACAAAUGUUAUGUAUAACUGUGUUUAAUAGAAGUCUAAAGGCAAACAAUAAGGAAAAAAAAAACUUAAAAUGUGUGUUGUUUGAUGAUGGGAAAGUGUUGCUAAGGGAUGUGAGAAAAAAGAGAAGCAGACACAAUCAGGGAAACUGUUUUAUUUUUUUAAAUCUCUUAUGUCUGUUAUCUUGCAUCAAAUAUUACUUUGAAGAGCACUCACCAGCUAUGGGAAAUGUUAAACUGUAGGCAUAGAAUAUUUACAAUGAUAAAAGUAGAAUCUCAUUCAGAUAUCCUGCACACUCAUGCAUGCUCUGUAAAUAUUUUUUCCAGAAUUGCAUCACUGCAUAGUUAAAUGUGUAAGCCAUAGAUUAUCAGACAGACGGCUAAGAGGGUCAAAAUUAAAAUAAGCUCUGCUUUUAUUUAGAAAAAA